CAUCGCCAACGCUCAUAGUGAGCCUCCGGAAAUUCCAAAGCAAAGUUUUUAGUCAUUACAGUUCAAUUUUUGCGAACAUUUUCUCUGUAUCUUCCCUGUGGCGACUCUCGUUUCCUCUCGUUUACUUCUAUUUUCGAUACGCUUGGGACUCAAUAUGGCUUCCUCAAUCGCCGGAUCGGCCGCCGCCGCCUUCAAUUCCGCCGCAGUUUCCGAUAAAACGUGCCGGAAGAUGGCUCAUCUCCGGCAAUUCUCGUCUCAGUUUCAACUUUCACGCUCCUUUAACAUGCAAUGCAGACCCCUUACCUCUCUCUCUUCCUCAGGAGUAAGAGCACAGGUUGCCACCAUUGAACAACAAAGUGCUGAAGCAGUGCAAAAAGCAGAGGCUCCUAUAGUUAUUAUCACAGGGGCCUCCCGAGGAAUUGGCAAAGCAAUUGCUUUGGCUCUGGGAAAGGCUGGUUGUAAGGUUCUGGUGAAUUAUGCAAGGUCAUCAAAGCAGGCAGAAGAUGUCUGCAAAGAGAUUGAGGCAUUUGGUGGACAAGCUCUUACUUUUGGUGGGGAUGUAUCGAAAGAAGCAGAUGUGGAGUCAAUGAUUAAAACUGCAGUCGAUGCAUGGGGAACUGUAGAUGUUUUGAUUAACAAUGCAGGUAUUACAAGGGAUGGUUUAUUGAUGAGAAUGAAGACAUCUCAGUGGCAGGAGGUUAUUGAUCUAAAUCUUACUGGGGUGUUCUUGUGCACACAGGCAGCUGCCAAACUAAUGAUGAAGAAGAAAAAGGGAAGGAUUAUCAAUAUAGCAUCAGUUGUCGGCCUUGUUGGGAAUGUGGGCCAAGCCAAUUACAGUGCAGCAAAAGCUGGUGUAAUUGGCUUUACAAAAUCAGUUGCCAAGGAAUAUUCAAGCAGGAAUAUUAAUGUAAAUGCUGUUGCUCCUGGGUUCAUUGCAUCAGAUAUGACUGCUAAGCUUGGGGAAGACAUUGAGAAAAAGAUUUUGGAGACUAUUCCAUUGGGAAGGUAUGGCCAACCUGAAGAAGUUGCUGGACUCGUGGAAUUCUUGGCCCUUAAUCCUGCCGCCAGUUACAUCACUGGACAGGUAUUUACCAUUGAUGGAGGUAUGGUGAUGUAAAAACCAAACUUGACGCCCCUCCACGUCCUCUUAUUUGUACGCAGUUCUUGACUUGAAAUAAUGUAGUCCUAAGGUGAGUUUUGAAAUGAUUUAUUCUAACAUUAAGCUUUUGUUAAGUGAGGUCUAUAGAAUUCUCUUUCCUGCUGCAAUGGAUACUUUUACGGUCAUGACAUAUGGUAUCUUGAAUCUGGGUACUUUUCAACUAUUGGUUUUCGCAUUCAACUCUAACUAAAUGUUAUUAGCAAA